AUGGGGCCGGGAAGCCGGUGGCUGCUGGGGGCCGCCCUGCUGUGCUGGGGAGCCCGCUGCCAGGUGGCGCCCCCGCUGGGCCGGACAGCAGCAGUGGUCCCCUUCGAGGAGGUGUGGAGCCGCAGUUACUGCCGCGCCCUGGAGACCCUGGUGGAUGUGCUGGGCGAGUUCCCCCACGAGGCUGAGCACGUGUUCAAGCCGUCCUGUGUCCCGCUGCGGCGCUGCGCUGGCUGCUGCGGCGACGAGGACCUGGAGUGUGUCGCCGUGGAGACCCGCCCCGUGGCCAUGCAGGUCGUCCGCCUCAGUCCGAUCCAGGGGAAGAGUCAGCAGGAGGAGAUGAGGUUCACUGAGCACAGCCGCUGCGCGUGCAGGCCUCGGAGGAAACGAUUGAAAAGCGAGAGAGACAGCAAGAGAGGAGCCCGGAGGAGACCUCGGGAGCCGGGUCCUGUGCCCCUCCCCACCCCCCUGUGCCAGCCCCCGUCCCAGAGGGAGCCGAGGCCAAGGCCCGGGGUGAAGGAACCGGUCCUGCCCCCAGGUGGGGGUCCAGGGUGCAGCCCCCAAAGCAGACUGGAGCUGGGACCAGCUCCAGCACCCAGUGAACGAACCCACGUGCAGCACCCAGGCUGGGGGGCUGGUGACCCCACAUGA